GUUCAUGCUCAUACCUGGUGUUUUCUUCUACAACUGGGAUGUCCACGGAGGAAAAAAGCACGACCUACUCCUCUUGUUUCUGUGCCCACACACUGAGAAAAAAUGGCAGAAAAGCAUGUGAAGCCCAACGUCAGCCACGCUCAGGUCACUGAGAUGGUGAAGAGGCUCUACAGACUGACGCCAUCGGAAAUCCGUCCACUGCCAAGCUAUGAUGACCAAAACUUUUAUGUGGCGCCCAUCGAGGGUGGCGAGUAUGUUCUUAAAAUCAUGAACAGUGAAGACAGUAAGAACCCAACGCUCAUUGAGAUGCAGACCUACGCCAUGUCUUUCUUGCACCAGAAUGGACUUCCUGCCCAAACAGCACUGUCCACUGCCACAGGACAACUCAUGACUGAGGAGGAAAUAGAUUGUGGCUUUGGUCUUCAGAAGUACGUGGUGCGGCUGUUAACAUAUUUACCUGGAACCACCGUUGCAAAGGUUCCUGUCUCACCAGAGUUACUGUAUGAAAUAGGCGAGGUGGCAGCCAAAAUGGACCAAAUGUUAGAAAAGAUGGAACAUCCUCAUCUUGGUACACUGCAGAGGGGCAGGUUCAUAUGGAGUUUAUCAAAUGUUACCCGGCUGGAAGAAUACUUUAACGUACUAGAUGGAGAUCCUCUUCAAGAAGUUGUGAAGUCUGUCAUUAGUCUGUACAAGACCCUUGUGGUCCCUAAAUACUCCAGCUUCCGCAAGUGCAUUAACCACGGUGACUUCAAUGACCUCAAUAUCCUCGUGCAGCCUGAUGAAAGUGGCCGAUACAGGGUUUCAGGCAUCCUUGACUUUGGGGACAUGAACAGUGGGUAUUACAUCCAUGAGCUGGCUAUCACCAUUAUGUACAUGAUGAUAGAGCACCCUAAGCCCAUCGAGGUGGGUGGACCCAUCCUCGCCGGCUGGGAAAGUGUCCUCCCCCUCAACGAAGCAGAGAGAAAUUGUCUCUACAUACUGGUGCUUUCCCGUUUCUGCCAGUCGUUUGUUUUGGCUCGUCAUUCUGUGAGUCUUCACCCGGAAAAUGAAGAGUAUCUGAUGAUUUCGUCCAAGAAGGGUAUCGAGAUUCUUCAUCACCUCUGGAAUCUGGGAAAAGAGGAGGUGGAGAGGGUUUGGUUUGAGAGUGCUGCUCAAUUCAGUGGUGGAAAAUGAAGUGUCUGUGCUUGAAGUCAUGUAUAGAUUUUAGCACACUGUAGGGCAAGUCCAAUAAUGAUCACACAAAGUAAUUUUUUUUACAUUAUCAGGUAGAAAAUGUUGUCCAAAAGUGCCUAAAUUAGUCAUGCACUCAUGUAAAGUCUAAAGACCCUGUUCUUUGAUACAGACAUACAUAGAGUUCAGAAUCAUGGAUCUUUUUGAUUCUGCAGAAAGAAGCCAGCUUUGUCCUUUUCAGUCAGUAAGUGACAGACUAAUCAGUCUAUGUUACCUCAAGGGACCAAAGACUUUGCUAUUAUGCAAAGGUUUCUCAGCAUAUGUUGCAUCUGUAUUAUACUCAGCCUUUUUUUAUUUGAGUUUCAGACAAGCUCAGGUAAAAUGGGGAAGUGCUUUAAGUAUCAUCAGCUGCUCUUUAUUUGCACCAUUUGUUCUUUUAUUAUUAAGAAUGAAGUUGAAAAAGGCUUAUUUAGAUGUGAAAUUGUGAAACUACAGUCAAUAUGAAGGAAAUACACAACCUGGGGAAAAAAAAGUCCACACUUGGUGUCCUUCCAUUGGAUAAUUACUGCUGUGAUUAGUACUUUUCAGCUGGAAACAAAUGCCUUAUCCUUAACAGUUGCGGUGAGCAGGUUCUCAUUUCUUGAACAACCAUCAGUUUGAUCAACAGCAUAAACACUGUACUGUUUCAAUGGAAAAUAGAAACCUCAGUGCUCUUCCCUUUGUUGACAGGUAAUUUGCUUGAAAAUGUUUGCAUGUUAAAAUGGAAUAAUUACUAAAACAAUGAAAAUGCUGGAAGACCUCAGACAUGCCCAUAUGACAUGUUUCCUGUCUCAAGGCACUUUACUACAUCUAAGCAACUACAUUUCUUUUAUUUUAAGCAUUUACUACAUGGUUUUAUGGUGGGUCUGACAGAACACAAUUUUUCCUUAGUGUUCCUCACCAGCAUCUCAACAUAUCAUUUACCCCAUCAAGCAAAAGGCUCACAUAUAAGUCCUGUAUAUAGCAUUCUAUUGUGGUUAAAAAACAAAAACAAAAAAAAUCACCACUGGUGCCAACGGUGAACUCCUCACUGGAGUUUUAUACAUUUAUACUGCUCCAUUGUCAUGCCAAUAAAAGAUGAGAACAACUUAAA